GACUUCACGCGUAACACGCGCUAAGAAGGCGCGUAUUUUAAGUUCUUGGAGAAGGAACAGAAGUGGGACGCAAUUGUGUUUUUGAUUGACGAGAGCUCGAUGAGUUUAACUAGUCUUGGUCGGAGAAGGAAGCGAGUGAUGUGAGGGAACAGAAACUAAGGAAUAAUAAUACUGCACUAAAAAGAGAGUAAAAUUUUCACAUCUCUCUUUUGCCACUCAACAGUCUAUUUUAUUAUUUGUAUUUUUUUCUUUUAAAAAAUUAUUUAGAUUUAGAAAAGAAAAAGAAAAAGAAAAGGAGAAAAAUAAUUAAAUUACACAGUCCAUUACUAAUUAUAAUUCGUCUUAAUAUCCCAAACUUGGUGACUCUGCAAUAACUCUCUUCAACUCAUUCGAAUUCUCAUGGCUUCAAUGCUUACCCUUUUAUAGAACUUCGCCGCCGCCGUCACCGUUGUCGAUACCUGCAUUAUCACAGCCAGCAGCCAAUUGAGCCUUAUGGGCGAGCAAACUCAAGUCCAGGCCCAAACCCAAACCCAACCCCAACAAACACAAACACAGCAACAGGUCCAGACCCAGACCCAAACCGAACAUGAAUCUGCCGUGACCUCCAUCUCUACUACCACAAUUGCUCCGUCGAGUACAGCGCCGACCGAGCUCAGCAAUGCUCCGGCUCAGACUUCCACUCCUCCUUCCAAAAUCCCCUUCCGCCCUCGCAAGAUUCGGAAGCUUUCGCCGGACAAUUCCGACUCGAAAUCCACUCAAAUCGUCGCUGUGUCUGAAAGCCCCAAACCCUCGGUCACAGCAACCGCUGCCUCCGCAAAACCCACCAAGUCGAAGAUCGUACAGUCACGGGCCUUGACGGUUCCUAGAGUCGCUGCGAGAUCGCUUUCCUGCGAUGGUGAGGUGGAAAUCGCUCUUCGCCAUCUCCGAGCCGCCGAUCCAAUCUUGGCUCCCUUGAUCGACAUGCACCAACCACCGACCUUCGAUAGCUUUCAUACUCCAUUCCUUGCUCUGACUCGGAGCAUUCUUUACCAGCAACUUGCCUUCAAGGCUGGAACUUCGAUCUACACGCGCUUCAUCGCUCUCUGCGGCGGCGAGACUGGUGUUGUGCCCGAGAACGUGCUUGCACUAACCCCUCAGCAGCUUCGGCAAAUCGGGGUCUCGGGGCGUAAAGCUAGCUACCUCCAUGACCUAGCUAGGAAGUAUCAAAAUGGGAUUCUUUCCGAUACUGCGAUUGUAAAUAUGGAUGACAAGUCGCUCUUUACAAUGCUUACGAUGGUGAAUGGAAUUGGGUCUUGGUCUGUUCACAUGUUCAUGAUCUUCUCUCUCCACAGACCCGAUGUGCUUCCGAUUAACGACCUCGGCGUUCGCAAAGGGGUCCAAUUUCUUUACAAUCUUGAAGACUUACCUCGGCCCUCUCAGAUGGAGCAGUUAUGCGAGAAGUGGAAGCCUUAUCGAUCAGUCGCUGCGUGGUACAUGUGGAGGUUUGUUGAAGCUAAAGGAGCUCCUUCUAGUGCUGCUUCAGUGGUGGCUGGCGCUAGUCUACAACAGCAGCAACAACAACCAGGGGAGCCACAGCAACCGCAACAGCAACAGCAACAACCCCAGCUUAUGGAUCCUCUAAAUAUUCUCAAUAUUGGUUCGGGGCCAGGCAUGGACAACCAAUUUAGGGCGUGUGCCUGGGGGCAAUGAUUAGAAUGAAAAAGGAGUUUGUGCGUCCUUCAUCUACUACGUAAAAUAGUUUCAGUGCCAGCAUUGCAAUGAUGGGUACUAGAUUGGAAAUUUUUGGUGCUGAAAGAAAGCUCCAUCAUUAGAGAGAUUGAGUAUGAGUAUUAAAUUUUAGUCUUCUUUUUGGGAGUAAAUAAACUAUCUUCUAUGAUGUAUUGUUGUUGCUGUUUUAAUACAAAACACCAACUAUAAGUUGUCAACGGGGAACUUACAGAACUUAAUAGAAAGUAGUAAUUUAAAAAAGGCCUUUUACUACAGAAUAUUUUUCGGGCCAACA